AUGGUUUCCCUCACCAAUAUCCUUCUUCACGCCUUCCUUUGGUUGGCUCUUGCAGCCACCACUUUUUCCUUAUCUCCCAACUUUUAUGAAAAGUUUGUCCACAAGGAGCGUCACAUGGGUGCUUCUUUACUUCGUCUUCACUUCCAUAAUUGCUUCAUUAAUGGUUGUGACGGGUCACUUCUUUUGGAUUCUACAUGUUCUUUCGAAACCGAGAAAAAUGCUCAUGGAAAUUUGAAUUUUGUUAGAGGGUUUUUAGUUAUUGACAAAAUUAAGGCUAAAGUGGAUAGAGUUUGUGGACGCCCUGUAGUCUCUUGUGCUGAUAUCUUAGUUGUGGCUACUUAA